ACUUAUUUAACGUUACCAAUGUUGAAACUGGGACCAAUGUUGGUAGUUUAUGUUGUAAUCGGUGUACUGAAUUGCUUAAUGAUGCGUUGGUACCAAUCGGAUCAUUAUUUAGUGAGACUAGCUAUUACAGAAAGUUAACUUUGGUAGUCUGUGCUGUUAGCCUAGCUCACCGGCUAAUAUUUGCCAGCUCAUUUGGCUAAUUUACAACACAGAAUAUCUUUAUCAUCAAAGUAGGCCUUUGUAGCUGAACAUUCUAUGAAGCGCUUCCUCUGGGUAAUGCUGCUUACUGUGUUUCUUGACUGGUUGCACUAAGUGUGCGUAUACUAUAUGCAAGUGAACAAUAAUAGCCCAAUGCCAAGACCACGUUGGGGUAGUUGAAAAGGCCCAUGAAGCCUAAUUCCCAUGUUUUUUCUUUCUUUCUUUCAGAGGUCUUACUUGCAGUGUUAAUCUGUCGCGGGUAAGUUCAUAUAUUUCACUGAAUCCUGCAUAGACUGUUUAACCCCCAAAUCCUCCUCAUAUUGGCACAGAUGGGAUCCUUUGUACCCAUUUGUGUAAUCUAAAGGAGGGAGAACAAACUAUCAAUUUUAAGACUGCUCACAGAUAAUGUAUUCUGUGGAUCUGUCCUUAUACUUUGAUACAGACAGCCUACGAAAUGAACAAAUUCAGCUGUGAUCAUCAAACACAUAUGUUUGCUUAUUUAUUUUUAUAUCUAAAUGUGUACAUUUUAUGUAUGGUAAAUUUCAUCUCACAUGUAUACACACUUCUUAAUCGUGAAUCAUUGCGUGAGAAUUUUUAACUUAUUGUUUUCCCUCUGUUACUUCACAGGUACAUGGACACUAGGGUAAAAUGACCACCUCAGCUACUAGGAGGAUAACAGGACUCGUACCACACUGUUAUGACAUUGGGUGCCUCUCAUGCAGCGUUUAUACGUCCUCCCUCGCUCCUCGGGCCUCGAUCCUCACUGAUCUACAUAAAGAAAGAUAGAAGAAGGUAUAGACUAUCCCAUUGUUGCCGCCACAUCAUUCUUUAUGUAGAUCAGUGAGGAUCGAGGCCUGAGGAGCGAGGGAGGACGUAUAAACGCUGCAUGAGAGGCACCCAUUGUCUUGUCACCACUUGAACUUGCACCGAUCAGCCAUAACAUUAUGACCACUGAUCAGUAAAGGGAAGAGUAUUAAUUGUCUUGUUACAAUGAUGCAUGUCAGUAGAUGGGAUGUAUGAAUAAUAUUUUAUUAUAUUUAUAUAUUGAUAAUAGUUAACUUGUAUUACUCUAAACCUCCUUAUGUAAACUAACUGUACUCUACUGUCAACACUGCUCUAUAUUUCUUGUCCUGUCUAUUUACCACCUGUGUCUAUCACAUUGCACUUUCUGCUUUUUUGCACUUCUGGUUAGAUGCAAACUGCAUUUCGUUGUCUUUGUACUUGUACUCCGCACAAUGACCAUAAAGUUGAAUCUAAUCUAAUCUAAUUAGGCACCAAGACUUUAAAGUUGAUGUGUAGGAAGCAGGAAGAUGGGCGGCGACUCUGACCAGGACCAAAUUGUGAUGGCUAGAUGACUGGGUCAGAGCCUCUAAACCUGCAGCUCUUGUGGGGUGUUCCUGGUCUACGGUGGUCAGUAACUAGAUAUGAUUCACUUUUCGAUCAUAACCAACAUAAACUUGUCCAGCAAUUUAAACUACAGUAGCUCUUCUGUUGGAUCGGACCAUGCAAGCCAGCCUUCACUACCCAUGUGCAUCAACAAGCCUUAGCUAUCUAUGGCUGUUGCCUGUACCACCCAUUUUCUUUCCUUGAACCACUUUUGAUAAGUAUUUGCCACUGCACACUGGGAACAUCCCAGAAGAGCUUCUGUUUUAUUUGUCAAGCCAUCAGUUUGGUCCUUGUCAGUCACUCGCAUCUAUUUCCUGGCUUCCAACUAAUCAAUGAAAUAUCAAUUUGCUGAUUUAUCCCAACCACUGUUACAAGACAAUGUUAUUCUGUUAAUCAGUAUUCAUUGUGAAGAAACAUCAACAUGUCUUUUCCUCCAAAAAUGGGACCACCACUGAAGAAUGCCUAAGUCGUGUCUCUUUUUUUAUACACAUAAUGUACACAUACACAUAAAUAAACUGAAAAUUAGUUUUGAAUGUUGUCUUUUGACUCUUUUUCUCCUAAAUGUGUACUAGUUUGUCCCUGAAAACUAAGAUACAUAAUUGCUUACUCCUCAUUGUGACUUCAUAAUCUAAUUACUAUCGACAGGUUUUUCGUUGCAUUUCGCUGGGCAAUAGUUAUUCUUCUGAAACACAUUUGAAUGAAGGGGUAUGCAUUUUACCAUUAAAUAUGCCUUAAUUAAACAGUGCUGAAACAUAUUUUAGUACUUCCCAGUCUAUCAAUACAUGAACAGUGACUGUAUGUAAUACACUUGAAAUAGAACAUUAAUAAAUCAGAACUGGUAGACCUUUCUUUUAGCACAUUUUCCUUUGAAACAAUUGGUUGAAAAGUGUUUGCUAGUGGUUGUAGCACUUUAAGACUUUUUCAGGAGCAAAAAUGGUUGACGUAAAUCCAAUUACAUGGCCAGAGCCUAAUGACGAGUGAGCCUAUUUAAAUCACUUUGAAGUGGACAACAGCAAAGGUUACAGCAGAUCCUUUGAUGUAGAAGUGUCCUUAGACAGUUGCUUUACUGUUGUUUUCUUGAAGUGUGAUUUCUUAUGUGCAUAGGAAUUGCUUGACCGAGUGCUUGGAUGAAUAGAGUAGGCUGCUCUAAGAAGUACGACUUAAGAAAGACGUCUCUGCCGCAGAGAAGGAAAACCUAUAGUCAUACAGAGCAUCUUGGAUAUAGGAGAAACUGAUUUCAAAGUGGAUUUCUCCUGGAUGCAAUGUUGUUCCGGUGCACAGGAAUAGUGGGGCCAACCUUUCAUCGGCCAGAACCCGGAGACUUGAUAGAGAUAUUCCGUGGAACUUAUCAACACUGGGCGCUUUACAUAGGAGAGGGUGACAUAGUCCAUCUAGCUCCUCCUUCUGAAAUCACAGGGCCUGGUUCAAACCGACUGAUGUCUGUGAUGUAUGAUAAAGCAACCGUGCUGAAAGAGCAGCUGAUCGAGGUGGUAGGCAGGGACCGAUUCCAUGUAAACAACCUGCUGGACAAGAAGCAUGAGCCGAGGCAUGUGUGUGCCAUAAUGAGGGACGCCCACCACCUUCUAGGCCUGGAGCUGCCUUACUGUGUGCUACGGGGCAACUGUGAACACUUUGUCACCGAGCUACGAUAUGGUAGGGCAGAGUCUCAACAGAUUCAUUAUGCCGUGAAAGUAGGUGUCGGGGCUCUUGCAGUAAGUUUGAAGAUUCUGACAGAGGCGUGGAGGCGUCGAGGGAAAAAGAGACACAUAAAAGGGAGAACGCUUCACUAGCCUGUUAGAAAUCUAUAAUAAUGUUUAUGUUGUGCCUUUUAUGUUAACUUCUGUAUGUUCUUUAAAAUAUGUCUUUUUUUUUUAUAAACAAAUGUCACAUUUUAUAUGUGUUAAUGUUAUGAUUAUCAGCAAUACCUGUACUCAAUAAAAAAA